UCAUCAAAUAAUAAAAAAGAACUUAAUUGACUAUACAUGGUAAUUGAUUCGCAAGGUUGAUGAGCUCUACAUACCUAAGGCGCCAUGCCAUGCAGCCAAGACCUAUCUAAGCCACAACUACUCCAAGGUCAGCCUAACAACUUCACCAGCGACUCUAGUAAGAAUGAGCAGUGAGAUAGGGCGAUGGCCACUUAUAGCGAAAGAGCUUCAUGCUUGAGUGCCGACCCUCACGAUGAUAUCAGAGACCCCGUCUUGCAUUACUUCGGAUGUCUUGAAGCUUGGCAGCGUGACGAUUUCUUCGAUACCGCAUCACCAUAUUGGAUCAAACAAGUCAAGACACUCAAAGACUCAGGCAUUCUUCGCCCCGAUGCCGAACGGAGAAUUAGAGCCCAGCGGGGAGCAUAUCGAAAUCAUUGCGCCGAGGAGCUUCACCGCGUGUCGCUUAUACUCAGCGCCCUUGCAGCAGACGAGAAGAAGUCUUAUUUAUUGACAGACUUAGCUAGCAGUCUAGCAAGAUGGCGAUCCUCACGGCAGUAUGAGUUAGGCAUUGAACUGGUUCGCAAAUGGAGGGCUGACAGACGCCUUCCUAACGGGGCUGCCAUUACAUACCCGAAAAAUGAAACGGGAAAGUUGUACAAUCCACAUAGCAACAUCAAGGUUCAAGUUAUCGCGUUUAAAGAAGGCCUACCUUGCAACCUUGACCCUCAAUAUGCGACGGGAACAUUUCCAAACCAAGUCACGAAUGUACAUGACUUACUCCGACACGAAAAACCACUACUAUCCAGUCUCCUCCAGCAAAAGAGAAUUGAUAAUGCUGGAGCUGAGUCGAUGUGGAUCCAUAUACCAUCAAACAACAUGCUGUGGGUUGAAGAGGUCAUAGCACGUUACUAUGGAGAAGAAAAACCAACAAGAGAACAGAUGCGAGAUGGUGAUGAAGCGUCACGAACCUCAAGGCUUCUGCGGGACUACUUUUGGAGGGGGCAAGAGUAUGGAGAUUCAACGAAACCAAGCUCACAUUUCAUGCGUCCAUUCUCCGAAUUCAUUGCGCCGAGUCGUCGUCACAUGGAUUCAGAAGCCGAGAAAGUCGUUUUAUAUGCGCCAUAUCUCCACUGGGAAACUUCAAGACAGCUGAACUUCAUUACACGCAAAACCGAAGAGAGUAUGGCUGAAUAUACAUAUAACCAGCGGCGCGCGGCGGACUCCGAGAAACGAAGGAGAAUGAAAGACAGGGAAGGCCUUAAGAUGCCUAACCUCCCUUCACUGUGGCCGUUUUCUAGGAAACUCACGUUUGCAGAGCCGGAGAGAGAGGGGCUCAGGUAUGCUGAGCCUCGGCGUACACGAUUUCAAAGUAAACAUCCUUUAGGCCAAUAUCUCCUUGGCAUGGCACGGUUAUACGAGGAGGUACGCAACUACGAGGAUACCUCUUUGAUUCAAAGAUAUCUCUUUGCCAAUCCCCCCCUUCAUCCGCGACGGACUUUGGAUCAGGGAUAUUACACAACGGUCCGGAGCACUCGGGCAAGGAACCGAACCCAAGUACUCUACCGAGCGACGACGCCAGCUAAAUCGAAAAGCCAUCAAUUUGAUAGCUCGACCGGCCUAUGGACAUGCCCUCGUAGUGAUAUUCCAUCUGAAGGAUGCGAUAUAUGCCGCGAGAACGUGCGAAAAGUCUCCAGCGUGGUGAUGGUUGACCAGCUCUGGAUGUGGGUUUUAAGUCCACAGGUAGUAAUCACCUGCUUCCCUAAAAGAUACGGACUACGCGGCCCUGAUCCUUCUGGUGUGUUCGAGGCAGUUCAAAAACGCCUGAUCCGGGACAGGCCCAUUCGUUCUGUCUUUGCAAUUGCGCAGACCAUCCUUGACGAAUGCUCCGAUACGUUAUUUCGGAGGAUGAAAGACUUCAGUGAACAGCCCCCUGUGCUGGAUCUAUUCUCCGAGGCUAUUCAGGACGUGUCCCGGAAGCAAACGCUAGAGACCCGCCGUCUUUGGGACUGGAUUGACCGCGCGAGGCGGAUUAAUCGACAGCAGGAACCACACCAGACCAUAGGCACCCUGCCUUGGACGAUGAACACUGAAGGCAAUCUCGAGCAGGAGAUCCAGGAUAUCGUCGAGGAGUUGGAGAUUAUGAUCUCGUUAACCAAGACGCAAUUCGAUGUGUACAAGAAGUUCAUCCAGCACGCUUCUAGGUUCCUGGAGGACCGAUCCAGUGGCUAUUGGUGUUCUGACGGCGAAGCACUAUGGUUUGGGCCGAGGUUACUAGUCAAGGUCGAGGAACGAAUUAGGCAUUUGGAGUCAUUGCUUAAGGAUGCUUCUAGUGCGGCUGAUCUGGUUAAGGACUUGUCACAAUUGCGCCAGCAACAGGAUAGCGUUGUCCAGGCGCUACAGUCUGUAAAGCUGUCGCUAGACUCGAUGGACCAGGGACGAACUGUCAUGGUUUUCACCAUUGUGACCAUCAUAUUCUCUCCUCUCUCGUUCCUUUCGAGUAUAUUCGGUAUGAACAAUGCUGAGUUCGGCAAUAACCAGUGGAAGGUGGCUGAUCAGUUAAAGCUUAUCUUAUCGAUCUCUGUAGGUGUUACAGCCCUCGCCUUGGUCUUUGCGAGUAGACGCGUAAGGGCUGUGGCCAUCUAUGUUGUGUUCUGUAUCGCACACCCGCUCCGCACUUCUCGCCGAGUAUCGCGUCUGCUUGGUUAUGGUUAUUGGCGCAUGAGAAAUAUGAGAGAAACUGUUCCGGAGUCUUCUUUAGCGGCUCGAGCGAUCACAGGCGUAUGAAUGAUUUUGUCUUAUCUGGUGUAGAGUUACAAAUCAAAUAAUAUAUAUAUCACACAGAUCUGCA